UAAAACUGUAAUGACAAAGUAGUCAGUCACUCAGCCAAGUAAAUUACAUUUUGAUUAAUUAUCUGAAAACACACCGAGUAUAUUUAAAAUAAAUUAAAUGACUGUGAUUAUGUUUGUUUGGAGGUAUUUUUUCACUCAUUGCUAUAUUGGAUUACGUGGAUAAUCAUAAAUUGACCAUAAAAAAUGGUGGAGAAACUGUCAAAUUCGUAUAUAAAUGAAGUGGGCUGCGAACGUCCCCCUUUUAUAACCUCAAAAAUGCGCGAGAAGUGUUAACAUUCUGAUGGUGAAGUGAGCUAAUUUUAUCAUUUAAUUGGUGUUAAAGUGAACGGAUUAUCAAAAUGCCUUCCAAGAAGAGAAAAUACAAUGCAAGGUUUCCAGCUGGGCGAAUCAAGAAGAUUAUGCAGACUGAUGAGGAAGUGGGGAAAGUGGCCCAAGCUGUACCAAUCAUAAUCUCGCGAACAUUGGAGUUGUUUGUGGAAUCGUUGCUCAGCAAAGCGAUGCAGGUGACGAUGGCGAGGAAUGCGAAGACGCUCAGCCCUUCGCAUGUGAAGCAGUGCAUUCUAGCCGAGUCCAAGUUUGACUUCUUACGGGAUCUGGUAAAGAAUAUCCCCGAUGUGUCAGCGGCGGAAGAAAAAGAAAUGAUGAGCGCUGAAAGUUCACCAAAUUCUUCUAGAUUUUCAGAAAUGACGGGUCCACCUCGAAGAAUAGCAAGGGAAGACUCGAACAGCUCAAGCAGUUGUGACGUCAAAAUAGUACCUCUACAGCCUCCACCGAACCUCAAACGAGCGCUGUCCACAGAAACAGAGCUACCCAACAAACAUGUGAGGACGGAAACCGUAACGUCGACCUCACUAGACACAGCCAUAGACCUUUCAAAGAAGUCCACAGAAGAGAAACCGGUGGUAACCGCGAAUUUUUACCAAGAGACGUUGUUAACAGACGAAAUGCAGCAUAGGAGUGUGAUCAAACUCAACCCCACGUACUCAAGCCCUCAGCCUUCCACGAGCUACACGCCCGAACUUCCUAAAAUUGAUGUGCCAAAGCCAGCCGUCAUAGAAAAAUCAGUAGCACCUAGGACCCCCGUCACACCAGUAACGCCUAUCCUAAAUAUAGACUUUACAAAAAGUCUAGCGAAACCAGAAAUUAAAUUGUUAGAUACCGCGGCAGUCGCUGCUUUACCUAAGAAAGAGACAAUACGACAAAUUCAUAGGCAGAACUCAAAAACGGUUAGGCCCGAAGUGAAGAAGAUUGAAAUUAAACCCGUGCAACCGCACGUUGACAUAGACAGUUUAAAUUCUGGUAAUCUACAGAUAGAUGAAGAUUAUGAUACCUGAGUAUGUAUGUAAGGUUGUUUUUUGUAUUAAGUUGUUUUGGCGCGAUAUUUUUCAUCCGUAGUCGAUGUAGUAAUUUGUAAGUGUUAAUUUUUGUAAUUUUGUGCAGAGUUGUCUGUGGUUAAACUAUGAAUUGCCUUCUCCGUCGGUUCUUCUAGCGUAGACGCAGCUUUAUAUGGAGUUUUGUACUAAAGUAAAAAUGAUUUUUUUGCUGUGGUCUGCAACCAUAUAACCGUUGGUCAUUGCCGUAGAAUUACUGUAGUCUAUGGUAUACAUUUUUUUUUCUUAUCCCAUCACAGGCAACUGUGUGCAUCAAUAUAUAAAAUAAUUUGAUUGUAAUUCCGUGUGUCAAAGCACUAAAGUUUGAUUUUAGUCAAGAACACGGUAUCGAAUAUUUUGUGUAAUAUAUUUCUAAGUUUUUUUUUUGUAAUAAUAAUAAUUUGAAUGUGGUAAUUAUUUUGAACAA